AUGGGGAGUCGUUACGAGCGGCUUCAGAAGAUUGGCGAGGGAUCGUACGGUGUGGUGUUCAGAGCCCGUGAUGUUACAACUGGGACUAUCGUUGCGGUUAAGCGCAUUCGCCUAGAAAAGGAGGAGGAAGGUGUUCCAUGCACCGCUAUUCGGGAGAUCUCCAUCCUGAAGGAGCUUCGUCACGAGAACAUCGUGAGGUUGUUGGACGUUUGCCAUAGCGAGAAACGACUCACGCUUGUGUUUGAGUGCAUGGAGAUGGAUCUCAAGAAAUACAUGGACCACGUGGGCGGUGACUUGGACGCGGGCACCAUCCAAGAGUUUAUGCGCAGCCUUCUUAGCGGAGUCCGUUUUUGCCAUGAAAGGAAUGUGCUGCACCGUGAUUUGAAACCACCUAACCUUUUAAUAUCGCGCGAAAAGGAGCUCAAACUGGCUGACUUUGGGCUGGGGCGCGCAUUUGGUAUUCCUGUUAAAAAGUUCACUCAGGAGGUGGUGACGUUGUGGUAUCGCUCACCAGACGUGUUGUUAGGCUCCACGCAGUACGGCACACCUGUUGAUAUUUGGUCGGUUGGGUGCAUCUUUGCUGAGAUGGCCAUUGGCGCUCCUCUCUUCACGGGGAAGAAUGAUGCGGAUCAACUGCUACGAAUAUUUCAGUUCCUCGGUACUCCAAAUAGACAAGUGUGGCCAUCCAUGGACACAUAUCCCAACUCUUCCAACAUGCUGAGCAGACCGGAGUUUCAGCAAACCCUUGCAGCGACCUGUGAAGAGCAGUUUCAAACGAAUCCCGCCUAUGCGAAACUUGGCCCGCAGGGGAUUGAUCUUCUUCGUUGGCUGCUGAGGUAUGAGCCAAGUGAACGAUUAACCGCAGCUCAGGCAUUGGAGCACCCAUACUUUUCUGUCGAGUUCUAA